ACGGUCAAGGGUUGAAAAGAGAGAUAAUAGAUAACCCCUUUGGGUCUUUCAUUCUUCUUUCCUUUCUGCCCAAUUUCCCAUGGAGGAGUUUCAAAGAUCAAGGUCUUAUGCAAAUGGGCAAAUGAUGCAGAUAGAGAGCUACUAUGGAGCCCCUAGGCCUUAUGAUCUCAGUCUCAGAACUUAUAGUGCUUCCUAUGCUCAAACUCAUAUGGGUCCUAAUAGGGACUUGAAGUUGAAGAAAGGAAAAAGCAUUUCUGCAGGGUCUUCUUUCUCUAAGUCUUGGAGCUUGGCUGAUCCUGAGAUUCGGAGGAAAAAGAGGAUUGCUAGCUAUAAAAUGUAUUCUGUGGAAGGAAAGAUCAAAGGGUCCUUCAGAAAGAGCUUCAGGUGGCUUAAGAACAAGUACUCCCAUGUGGUUUAUGGCUGGUAGUGGUUUAAUUAAUUGCUACUUGUAUUUAGAUUUCUGGUUUUUACAUAUGUGAGAUGUGUUUAUGAGAAGAAUUGUAGAUUAAUCAUUGAUGGGUUAUGAUCGGUUUACUUGAGUUCAUCAAAGGUUGUCUAUAUGUGAAAUAUUUCGUUGCUUAUUAUUGGGUACUGAAAUUAAAAUUAUAUUUAUUUUGUUGUUCA